AUGGGGAACAUCUUUGCCAACCUCUUCAAGGGCCUUUUUGGCAAAAACAAAAUGCGCAUCCUCAUGGUGGGCCUGGAUGCUGCGAGGAAGACCAUGAUCCUGUACAAGAUUAAGCUGGGCGAGAUUGUGACCACCAUUCCCACCAUAGGCUUCAAUAUGGAAACCGUGAAGUACAAGAAUAUGAGCUUCACUGUGUGGGAUGUUGGUGGCCAGGACAAGAUACGGCCUCUGUGGCACCACUACUUCCAGAACACACAAGGCCUGAUCUUCGUGGUGGACAUCAACGACAGAGGGUGCAUGAACGAGGCCCAUGAGGAGCUCAUGAGGAUGCUGGCUGAGGACAAGCUCCAGGAUGCUGUCCUCUUGGUGUUCGCCAACAAGCAGGACCUCCCCAACGCCAUGAAUGCGGCUGAGAUCACAGACAAGCUGGGGCUGCACUUCCUACACCACAGGAACUGGUACAUUCAGGCCACCUGCACCACCAGCAGCAAAGGGCUCUAUGAAGGACUGGACUGGGAAUCAGAAGUGAAUGCGAUCCCCCUCCCUCUCACUCCUCUCACCCUCUGCUUUACUCUCAUGUGGCAAACAUGCGGCUCAUGGUAUAAGUGCCAGAAGCUGCCUCCGUGGUUUGGUUACCAUGUGCCAGAAGCUGCCUCCGUGGUUUGGUUACCAUGUGCAUCGCACCAUGCUGUAAAUGUGGCAGAUGCAGUCUGCAGCCAGGCUUUUUAUUUAAUGUAA